AUGGCCCUGUUUAUCUGUUUAUGGCUCACAAAGGACAGCAGAACUAUUCAUGAGGCCUUUUCCUCCACACAGGACACUGUGGUGGCUCUUCAGGCUCUGGCUCUCUACUCCUCUCUGGUGUUCAGUCCAGGGGGUUCAAGCACAGUGACUGUCCAGUCUCCCAGUGGUCAGCUGACAUUUGAUGUGAAUCAAGACAACAAACUGCUCUACCAGGAGGAAGUGCUAAAGGACAUGACAGGAACAUACAGCCUGGUGGUGCAGGGCAAUGCAUGUGCUUCAGUGCAGAUUUCUAUUCACUACAACAUCCCGACUCCUACUGAUGUCACCACUCUCAGUGUGGAGGUCAAACCAGAGGCCGACUGCACCGGUGAAUCUCAAAGACCCAAACUCACUCUGAAACUAAAGUCCUUCUUGGACUGA